UAUUUCUGCUUAUAACUGUUAAUUGAAAAGUAAAUUUUAUUAUUUAAAAAUACUAGGCUGAUGCAAUUCAUUUUGCUGGUGUAUUUGAUAUAUCCUCAUUUAAUUUAUCCCAUUUAUAUCUGUACAGGAAAAGAGAAGAAACGAUUUUCUAAUUUAAUUUUGCAUUCGUCACAAUCAAGAUUAGAAAUUAUAAAGAAAAAGUAAUAAAAAAUAUUUAAGUGGUGUCUUAACUUCAAAACAGCUCAAUUAUUUGCAGAUAUUUAUUAAGAUUUGAAACGUUUUCUUUCUGAAUGCUAAGACCAAUAAUGGAUUUUGGUCGUUAGAACUUAAUUUGUAGUUUUAAGAGAAGUUUAAGCCAUUUUUUGACAACUAAAGAAGUGAAAACUAUAGAAAGGAAAGAGACUGAAAGUGAGGGGAAAGAGAGAGAGAAAGAGAAACACAGAGAAGAAAUUCAAUUACACAAGAAGAAAGAGCACGAGAAAGAAAAACAGAGAAAGUGAGUGAGUGAGACAGAGAGAGGAGAGAGAACUUACUAAUCAAUUAACUAAAACAACUCCAGUUUUUUACCGUUACUACGCUGAAUAAUCAGAAUCAAAACGACGUCUUGGCUUCCGUGCAAAACGAGGCACUAAAGAGGUGCCGCCCCUCCGGUCACAGGACACAGAUACCAGUAGAGUAGAUCAUCCGCCCGGUGUGAUAAUUUCAAUCGCUUUAUUUACAGUAGGAAGAGGAUCUAUGGAUCUCCUUACAGAACAAGCUUUUAAGCAACUGCGAAAUUCUCAACUUCUCGAUCCGGCAGCUAGGAAUGACAAAAUUAAACACGGCAGCUUCCUUGCGGCAGUCUACAUUCCUGAGGAAACCUCGUAUAUCACCAAAACUGCUUUCUCUUGCUGAGUUAAUUACAAACAAGUUGCAAAAUGGAAAAUGGUAAUCAAUAUCCGGUGAUGCUGAAGAACUGUACAGAAGUUCAUAUUGGACCGAGAAUAGAAAUUCAUUUUGAAGAACCGAAUGCAAGUUGCGUAAAAAAAGAAGAUGAAGAAAGGAAUGAAAUGUUCAACAGUUGCUGCCAGAUGUUGAAAAACAAAUACAUGACCUACUUUUCCUACAUGAGAUCCUUUUUGUGGGAAGGCAAGAGGCACGAUUUUCCAUUAAAGGAUUAUUUCAUAGAAUUGAGAGUAGAAAAGGCAGAUUUAUUUGGCAAGAAAAGCGGGGAGAAAAUAAGCUUAAAUGAGAUAUUUUCUAUAGAACAAGAUGGACACCAAACUAUUUUAGUGACUGGAGAUCCCGGUUAUGGCAAAACCACUCUUUGUAAAAAAAUUGUGUACGACUGGGCAACCACGAAUUACCUCAAACACUUUGAUUUAACUUUUAUUGUAAUUUUAAGAGAAUUGGGCGAUAGAAGUGUAAAUGAUGCAUUACUCAAUAAUAUGCACGAAUACUCGUCAAUUAAUAAAGAUUGGAAAUUUCAAGACAGACAACGGAAUAUUUUAGUGAUUUUGGAUGGGUUGGAUGAGAUUGUAGAUAAAUCUAAAAUUAUAACAUUUAUAAGACAGGAAUCUUUAUAUAUUUCUCGUCGAAUGACGAUUAUGGUUACGAGUCGACUUGAAGCAGCAGAAGACAUCAGGGAACAUAUGAACAUGAGGUUUUCUAUAGAAGGGUUUUCUCCAGAAUAUCGGAAGAAAUAUGUUCAAUUAAUGUUUAAAAAAGACCAGAGUAAAGCAAAUGAACUUAUUUCUUUACUGGAAGAAACCUAUUCUCCAAAAGAAAUAGUUCUUCAAAAUAAAUAUGUUCAAUUAACGUUUAAAGAAGAUAAGAGUGAACCAAAUGAACUCAUUUCUUCUGCGAAAGAUAACGAUUUUUACAACGAAAUAUCCGAAUGUCCUCUGAUGCUGCACAUGUUGUGUUGUCUUCAUCAAAAUGAAGAAAUAAAGAAACUUCAAACGAUGACAGAUUUAUACAUUCGAGUAUUCUCUUUGAUAACUGAACGUUAUGUUAGAAAAACAAAUCAGAACGGUAAGUUUGAAAGAGGAAAAUAUUUUCUUGGAGAAAAUUUGCUACUGAAAUUAGGAGAAUUACAUACACACUCAAGCUCUAUCACAUCAGAACAAUUGAGGUGCUCUUUUCCAAAAGAAGAUGAAUACAAUUUUGUUAUGGGUCUAGACAUUCUUACUCCCGAUUCCAUUUCUCAAAGCGAUAAUAUAAUUCGAUACAGUUUUGUACAUCGCACAUUUGGCGAAUUUCUAUCAGCUUUAUUUAUGUAUAUCGGAAUUGUUUCAUUUCCAAAUAAUAUUGAAGAAACGGAGUUAUUAUUUUUAUUGGGAUUUUAUAACGAGGAACCUUUACCCAAAAAGGUCUUAACAGAUAUAGAAGGGAAAAUGUUUUCUCCUAAAUUCCUGCUUCGCGCUCAUAAGGAAAUCAAACUGAAAAGAAACUGGCAACAAUUCUGUUGUAAUGCCAAAGUAAUUAUUCGUUAUUGGAACUGUUUUUGUUAUCUCCCAAGGUUAUUGGAGCGGUAUGAAUUCACAACGUUAUAUUUUCAUUUCAGUGAGACAUUUGUAUUUAUUUGGGAAGAACUGGAUGACAACACUGAGCAUGACCCUCUGUUCCGUUUAAUCAGGUCUACUUUAAGAAAUAAGACGAAAAUGUACGUUCUCCUCACACUUGAGAUUACGUUUACAGGAAAUGUAUAUGAUAUCAGAGAAACUGUUUCACACAUGAUCGAUUUCAUUGAUGUAAUGACCACAAAAAACUUGGACAUUUUUCUUAUUGGAUUAAUAUCGCGUACGUCUACAGAAAUCAGUAGAUUCACGAAUGUAAAACUCAAUUUGAAUUUGUCUGACGACCAGCUGAAAUUAUUAAAAGUCAGUAAAAAUGAAGAAUUGGUUGCAUUGGAAGUUGAAGUAUUCCGAGGAAUUUCUGACAGAUAUGUUAUUUCUUUGGAGCAAUACGAGACUUUACGUGAUCGUAUUGUACUUAAAUCUGCGAGUAAACAAAAUUCAAAAUGUGUGAUGAUGUAGACGAGUGUUAAAUAUACGACAGAGUUUUGAAAUAACAGGAAAGUAUAAACUCUGUUUAUAAAAUGGCGUGUAUUUUUCAGUAACGAAGUUAACUGUGAAGAAAUAAGUGAGUUGAAACUUUAAACGAUAUGAGUCGUUAGGUAAUGAAAUUUUGUUAGUUUACAACGUAGUUUAAUUGUAAAAUAAAUGUUUUUAAGCACAUAGUAUUACGGUUAUGUUUUAAGUUAUUUUCCUUUAAAAUAGUAAUUUACGUUUUUAGUGUAGUAUACAGUCGUUUUAAAGUAAAUUAUUUCUACAUUUUUUUGGUUUCAAAUAACAAAACGUAUAGUGAGUCUAAUUCAUGUUUUUUUCAUUGACAGACAAGACAAUGAAAUUAGUAUAGUUUGUUAAUUAAACAUUACGAACGACAGGAACGUUGGCUUUUUCAAACAGACUACUUUAUUUCAAAUUACUUUCGAAUUUCUUAUAGGAAAAACUGUAAAUAACAAAUUACACUAUUUCUUAAAGCCUACGGGUCACAUUUAUAUUUAAGUGUAAGGAUUUCGUGACCGUUUCAUAUCUUUCAUUGGUCUCCGUUAAAUCCGUUGAUCGAUUUCGCAUGAAAUCUAUAAAGUAAAUAAAACAAUUAUCAAUACUGAUGUUCAGAUAUUUAAUAAUGAUAUUUAGUACUCGAAUAAACAAAUAUUCAUAAGUAGAGUAAGAAGUAAGUAUGAAUAAAGAUAAGCAACUUAAAGGAAAACACGUUUUCUGUUAUUCGUUUAAGUUAAACAUAAUCAAAUCUUUAAUCUCUCCGAUAGUUUUAAAACAUAGAAAGUAAUGUGUUGUUCGAAAGUUAAAGUAAAAAAUGUUAAAUUUGAACUAUAAUGUUGGGGCUUCUAAUAUUCACAACAUUCUCUGACUAAUAACAUUUAUAAACUCUUGUUUAUUGUACUGAACUUGCAAAUUGUUGUGUUUCAAGUGUUUACCUGAACAACUAGUAAAGCUACAGCAUGCAAACGUUAAACGUAGUAAAGAAAGUGAACUAUAGAAUUCGCAAUGCUUUGUAAAACUAUUCAGAAAGCACUGCGAAUUCAAUAGUUGUUUUGUAAAGACUAUUUAUAACUUGUGGUAAACUGCUGUAAUAUUUGACUCACAUGAAGUUAUCUAAUUUUUUAACAACAGUGGGCUGCAAUUUGAAAAAACGUAGACAAAUUUCCAUUGUCGUCUGUCCGUCAACCGUCACUGGCCCAUGUCUAUCCUUAAAGGAAAAGUAUGAUGUACUGAUUACUGAUCAUGAUAAAUAAAAUUGUUUAUGGCGCCAUAUGUUAUAUGAUAUGACACAAAUUCAGUAUCUUUACACAGUCUCUCGACCUUUAUUAACCAUAAUUUAAUAGCAUUAAUGCUUUUUAUACACAAUUUCGAUUUUUUAUUAUCAAUAUUUACUCCAUCCUAAAAUAUAAACAGAAAUAAACGUUAUAAUUUCACACAAACUCAUGCACAAAGUUCGAAAUUGCAAAAUUUAAGCGACAAACUCGACAAGAUUUCUAUAUUUUCCCUUGUUUAAGUUUACAUAACAGCAGGGAAAGAAGAGCAAUAGCCAUUUUCUACAGAAAUUCUUUUACGUAGCUGCUGAUCCAUAUGCUUAGCUAAUGAAUGGAAAACUUUUUAACGCAUGAGGGGCUAAUGCCCGAAACGUUGAUGUAUGGAAAAAACGUUCUAACUAAAUAAAAGAUUCAACUAGCACAGUGUUGAGAAAAACGUCACUUCAUUGUGCCAGUACACAAUAAGCAAAUACAACACGGUUUCGACAACAUCAACAAAUUUUUAACGCAUGUUUACAAAAUCUAUUCGUAAUUUUUAACAACAGUACGAUCUUAAAUAUAAACGAUUAUAAAUAAUUAUUUGUGAGAAACAAGUUUGUAAUUAUAUUUUGAAGAAACAGAAAGAUGC